AUGGUUUUGAACUACAAACGCAUUGUUUACACACAGUCCUACGUCUCCUAUCCUGAUAUAGCUCCUCUACUCUCCAACUUGGACGUCCAACCUAGUAGGGAGGGCGUGCCGUAUACCCUUCCCGCCAUCUAUCACCCGCCAUCGGUGACGUCAAAUUCCCAAGGAGCUCUGAUGGAUUCUUUCGCUAUCGCAGCCCAUUUAGACCAGACAUAUCCAUCCCCGCCUUUAUUCCCGUCCCGAGAUGCCAGUUACGCGCUCGCUCUUGCGGUCGACAAGCUCGUAGCAAGCGUCAGAUCCAGGUGUGCUUUCCUGGUUAUCCCCCAUGUGGCGGACUUUCUCGAUCCCAGAGGUCGCGAAUAUUUCAUCAAGACUCGGUCGGCUCGGUUUGGGAAGCCUCUCUCUGAAGUUCGUCCAAAAGACGCCGACCAGGUUCAAGCGGCUAUCAACGCCACGGUGGCCGAAAUGGCACCCUUGGCGCAGAUGUUGCGAGGCAGGUUAGGGAAGAACGGGCCUUUUCUGGAGAGUGAGAGACCAGGGUAUGCGGACUUCUUGAUUGUUUCGUUCCUAGCUUGGGUCGAAAGAGGCGAUAAGGAGCUAUGGACUGCAUUGGUGAAUAUUGGGGAGGGGGAGGUUCGAGCUCUUUGGGAUGCCUGUUUGCCGUGGAUAAAUGGUCAAGGCGAAGAUAAGGAUUGGGAAGUCCCUCGGUGA